AUGCAGGAUUCAAGGUUGGCAGGAAGGAGGUGCCAUGGCAGCGCGUGGGCGUUGUCCGUGGUGUUGGCGCUGUGCGCCGCUGCUCUGGCAGCCACCGAGGGCGAUGCGUCCGCACGGGGCCCGACGCUGCUGCGCAAGUGCUGCCGCGCGCACGAGCAGCUGAGCGCGUCGCUGAAGACGUGCGUGGCGUACGAGGGCGCGGCGGGCGAGACGCGGGCGGCGUGGGAGGGCGCGGGGGCGGUGCGGCGCCGCGCGGGCGACGGCUUCCCCUGGUGGCUCCACGCCGCCACGCCCCUCUACGACGCACAGACCGGCAACGCCACCGCCCGCCCGCUGCUGCGCGCGCAGCCGCCAGACGCCGUGCUGCGCUACGGCCCCGACCCGCCCUGCGCGCGCAGCGCCUACAAGUACUUCACGUGGAACAGCUUCUCGCGCUACCGCCUGCUCAGCAACGGCACCCUUCUGCUGCGCACGGACGACCUCCCCUCGACCGCGACUCCCAACCUCCCGCUGCCGCCAGACCUCUACUGCUCCGACCGCGUAGACGCUGCAGGCGAUACUUUCGUCUUCAUUACCUGCCCCUGUGAGACGACUGUCUGCGUGAGAAAGUGCUGCUCUUCGAAGCAGGAGUUAUCCAUCGGCGUGGCCAGGAAAUCACUGAGUCGAAAAUGUAUUCCCCGAAUGUCACAAGAGACAUGGACUCCUGUGUUUUAUUCCUCUAAAAAUUCCAAUGUCACCACUUCGGAUGUCGAGUAUAUUCUUCUGCCUGCGACCAUUCCUCACUGCAGCUCAAGCAUCCGCGUGCUGAGCAACGGCAGCGCGCUGAUGCAGAACUACGGCCACGGCUCGGCGUACCCGCCGGACGCCUGGUGCGCCGACACGUCGCUGGUGGGCGGGGAGUGGCGCGUGCCGAACGCGCUCGUCUGCGUGCGGCUGGAGGCGAACCGCAGCAACCCGGUGAGCCGCGUGCUGUACGGCUCGCUGUUCCUGCUCAGCUCGCUGUGCCUCGCCGCCACGCUGCUGGUGUUCGCGCUGCUGCCCGACCUGCGCCGCUCGGCGCACGCCAAGGCGCUGCUGUCGCACGCGGCCGCGCUGCUCGCCGGGUCGCUCACGCUCGCCGCCACGCACGUUUGUUAUACAGUAUUCUAUGCUGGCUACGUUCUUCUGGCUGAACGCAAUUUGUUUCGACCUGGCAUGGAAUUUCAGGGAGAUUCUGCCCCCCACGGCGUGCAGCGUGCGCGAGCGCCGGAAGUUCAUCUGCUACUCCGUGUACGCGUGGGGCUGCCCCGCAGUCAUCAGCGCAGUCACCGCUGUCAUGGACUGGGUGGAAGGCAUCCCCGACUACUUCAUCAGGCCCAACAUCGGGCUCUACAACUGCUGGUUUUAUAGGCGAUGCUGCACCUGAAGCUGUUCCUGCUGAUGGGCGUGACGUGGGUGAUGGAGUGCGUGUCUGUGGUGGUGGGUCAGGCGGACGCCUACUGGUACCUCCCGGACGCCGUUAACAUCCUGCGCGGCGUCUUCGUGUUCGUGCUGCUGUGCUGCAAGCGGAGCGUGUGGCGGCGACUGCGUGCGCGCCUGCACGAGCUGGGCUGCUGGCCGUGCGGUGCCGGUGGCGGCGGCGGCGGCGUGAAGGCGGUGGCGCGGCGGGGCGGCGUCAGGGCAAGGGGCGUCGGCGGCGGAGGUGGAGGCGGAGGCGGCUACGUGGGGCCCGGGGCGGGCGCGGUCGCCUCCGAGCGCGAGGAAGACAAGACCAAGCGCUGCAGCGCCACCUCUUCGGCAGGCUCGGCGGACUCCGAUGCCACGCGCACCACCGGCCUGUCAGUGAGGUCUCUGGACACCUCCCACUAG